UGAUUAAUCCAAUUAAGGUCUAAUUAGGAUUAGUGUAUUAAGCGGAUUAGGAUUAGGUGUUAUAGGUAAUUAGAUGGAAAAAAACAAAUAUUGAAAGUGACUAAAUAUUCAGUCUUAUAAUUGGUGAGAUGAACUCACUGUAAUCGUUAAAGUGAUGAAUUUUAUUCAAAAAAUGACACUUGAAUAUAAUAUGAAUUAUGUUCAGUAAGCCUACACAUUACACGGUCUUUAUAAGGACACACAGAAGUCAGUCUGUCAUAUUUCAUCAUGGCAAACGUUCAAGUAAACAUCCAGUACAUCCCCAAUGCUCAAGGUGGAGAAAACUUAGUCCAUGAAGAAUACAAAUUCCGAGUGAAGAAUAGGAAGGCAGAACGAGUAUACUGGAGAUGUUGUAUAAAAGGUUGUCCAGCAACCCUGAACACCCACCAAGGCUUUAUUACCAAAUAUUCCAGAAACCACAACCAUGUUGCUAACCCACACAAGGUGGCAGUCGACAAAUUUCUCGUUGCCAUGAAAACCAAGGUGCAAGAGGAAACCAAACCAGUCUGUGCCAUCUAUCAAGAAGAAGUAUCAGCCCUUCGAUCUGACCGUGACUCAGGUGAGAUGAUCAGAGAGAUUCCAACAUUCUAUAGUUGCUGUGCUUCCCUGUAUAGAGCCCGAGCAAAGAUCCUCCCAGCACUUCCUCAGACCCGCAACGAUAUCCAGCUUCCAGAUUCUUACACCAAGACCACAUCCGGAGACGACUUCCUUCUCCACGCAGCAGCCGACAGCAGGUUUCUAGUGUUUUCCACACAAGAAAAUCUUUACCAUCUCGCCAAUGCAGACACUAUAUACUGUGAUGAAACAUUUAGCAUGAGUCCUACCUUAUUCACCCAGAUCUACACUAUACAUGCUUUUGUACACAAUAAAAUGUUCCCUUUGGUGUAUGCACUAUUACCCGAUAAGAAGGAGGCAACAUAUGUUGAGUUCCUCAGAUGUGUUAGAGACAAAACAUUGGCACUUGUCAAUGUUAAUCUUAACCCAGGCCAUGUGUUUACAGAUUUCGAAGUUAGUAUGCAAAAUGCUGUGAGAACUGUGUUGCCGAGGUCAGAACUAAAAGGUUGUUUUUUUCACUUUGGUCAGUGUAUUUGGCGCAAUGCGCAGAAAUAUGGACUACAAGCAGAUUUUUCUCGGGUGCCAGAAAUCAAUAAAAUCGUCAAGCAAGCAGCAGCAUUACCAUUUAUUCCAAUACAGCAGGUUGAAGAUGUAUGGCUGCAUGCCCUUGAUGAUGCACCACUCCAAGAUGCCAGAGUGUUGCAAUUUGCAGAUUACGUAACUGAGUUCUGGGUGGAGGGGCAGCAUGACAGAAUGAUGUGGAACCAUUUCCACACUGAAGGUUCACGCACAACGAACCAUGUUGAAGGAUGGCAUUCCAAGAUAACAUCCAUUAUUGCCACCCCUCACCCAAAUAUUUUCAAGUUGGUGGCUUUUUUUAAGAAUGAACAAGCUUACUCCGAAGUAACCAUUCUCCAGUUAGGUGCCAACGGAAAAUUACGGCCUAAGAGAAGAAAGUACAGGCAACUAGAAACCCGACUCCAAACUCUGAAAACAGAUCUUCAGAACGGUAUAAAGACUGUAUUCGAGUAUGCCGAUGGCGUAGCCCGUUUAACUACAUUGUAAAUUUUCAUUGUUUAUCUUGUUUUUGUGUGAUGUAUGAUAUACCCAUGUAUGUUAUACUUUUAUUACAUAUUUUAUAUAUAAAACAUCGAAAAUUGUUAUAUUUUCAUUAAAUUAUAAAGUGCUAAUGUGAUGUAUGAUAUA